AUGAAACCAAUAAAUCAAAUUUCUGUUCAUUCUUAAAGCUAGAGUUACAGCCUUUUAAAAAUUAAUUUAACGAAUUAGUCAGACUAAAUUAGAUUAAAUUUAAGAAACUUAUAAGAGUAAAACAGUGAAAAUCAAAUCGAAGAGGUAAAAUAGGCAGAGGGAGGAGUCCCAACUGACUAAUAAGGAAUCAUAGAAGAAAAUUAGAAUUAAAUUAAUGAAUCAAUUGAAGCCUUACCCUCUCAAAAUAAUAGCACAGACUAGACUUAAAAUGAUACAGUAAGUGAUAUCAUUAAUCCUGAGCCUGAACCUGUGAUUGAGCCUGAGCCUGUUACUGAUCCUAUUCCUGAUCCUAUUCCUGAGCCUGUACCUGAACCUGUGCCAACUGUACCAGUCUUAAUUUACGAAAAUAUUACUAUGGAAAACUUAAAUUACUACAUGCCAAGGGAUAGCACUAUGCUUCAGAAUUUAACAUUAAAUCAAUUGUAAUAGAUAGUAGAUUUAAUGGAUAUUAAACUAAAAUCAAAUCUGCUGAAUGCUAAUGACUACGCUAGUCCAUCAAAUAACAACUACUUCAUGAUAGAAAUACGAAACAUUCGACUAUAUUCACAGUAUUUUAUAGAUCAAUUGCAAAUAUAGUGGUAUUUGAUUUAGAUAGAUGAAGAGUUCCAUGAUAUUUAGAUUGAUAUAAUGACUCAGGAUUACCUAGCUCUGAUUUUUUCAAAUACACUUCAGCCAGACAACCAGUAUUAAAUCAUUAGUGAAAUUUCAUUCCAAAAUAUGAGCAAUAUAUCUAACAGAUACUAAAUUUUUGACUUUAAUACAUUUGACUUUUAAUCAAAGGCAUUAUCUAUUACCCCUUAAUCAGGAGAUGCUUAUACUACUGUCUUUAAUAUUCAAUUAAUCAAGCAUAAGUAGCUCCUUAAAUGCGAAAUAUAUUAUCAAGAUUAUCUAGCAAACGAUAACUCUUUGAAUUCAUCUGCUAAGAUUAUUAUAUAUUAAGAUUCAAACUACAGUUCUUAAGAGAUUAAAUUAAAUAUAAACUUGCCAUAUUCCUACCUUGGAAAUUUGAGAGUAAUGAGUUAAUGUUUAAACUCUUCAAGCAACCCUACAUUUUCUAAUUUCAGUAUUAAGAUUAACCCUAUUAAAGGGCUAGGAAUCGCAAUUAGUAAGCUAGAUUAGACUAUUGAAAGACUUGAAAAAGAAUUCGAUGAGUAUUAAUUGCUGAUGGCUAUAUGCUUAAUUUAAGAUUUCAAAGUAAAGAUGCCUUAUCAAAAUCUCAAGGAAUUUAUCAAAUAGAUAAUAUCAAUGAUUCAAGAAAGAUACUAAUUAGUUUAAUUGUUGAAUCUUAGAGUCAUACUGGCUGAAAUAUCAGAUUUAUUAUUAUUUCGGAGAGAAAUUACAUUCCACAAUCACGAUAUAUUUCCCUAAAUAUUUGAAAUUUAUGAGUAUCUUCUGUAUUAAAAUAAUGUGCCAGCUGAUAUUCUUAAUCUAAUGGAUACAGAAUUCAACUAUUAAUUUAUCCAGUCUCAGUCUUAGCAGAGUAAGGAAAGAAUUGAUUAAAACUUGAAACUAUCCUCGAUUCUUUUAAAAGUUUAUUAGUUGGAAAGCAAUAUCACCGAGACUAAAACAAACAAAUUCAGCAGAGCAUUUACAUUUAUUGCAAAUAUGAUGUCUAGUCAUUUAUUUCCACUUGAAACUUUUGAAUAUGAACAAGAUCUAUUUAGCAUUUAUGUAAAGAAAUUCUCUGGAUCAUACUUAAAAGCUAUUCAGCAAAGAAAGCUAAGAUUGCAACUUGGUGGUAACUUACCAAAUCAUCAAAAUUUCACAAUCGAUAUACCUCUUCUUGACCCAAUAACAUAGGAAUAGAAUAUUGUCAUCAGAAUAAUAAAAAUCUCAUCAAUAUUUGAGCAUUCUAAUUAAUAUCACUAAUCUAUUUCAGAUUCUGUGUUUAUAACUCUAUUGAAAUCAAAUCAAACUUUCCUCUAGAAGGACUAAUUUUAUCAGCUAUAAAAAAUAGAUAUUCAAAAUUUGAAAAGACCUGUUUGGUUUCUAUUGCCUAUUCAAGAAAUUACAAUGGACUAAAAUAUUCUUUUCACUAAUUGUACCUAUUUCGAUGAGGACAAAGGUUAAUGGAAAGACACUAAAUGCUAGUAAAAUACACUACCUGGAGAAGCACGAGCAACAGAUUUGGAAGAAAUACAUUACAAGUCCAGGUUAUGUUGUACGAGACACUUAUCAAAAUUUUCUAUUCAAGGUUAUACAACAGGUGUAGUAUAGCUAAAUAAGCUUGAACUACUAAAUGAAAAUUACAACUAUAAAGGCUAUGCAUUAGGUCUGGUAGCAGGUCUUGACUUGACUUUGAUUAUUUUUAUCAUUAUCACUCUAAGGUUAGAUAAAAAUAAUAGAGCUCUGCUAGAUUAAAAAUAAUUAAGUCGAAUGGUUGGUAUUUCUCACAAUCCGAAACAAAGGUAAAAAUUCAUUAGACAAAUGAGGAAAGCCUAGGUUGAAAAAAUAAAGAAAAUCAAAGAAAUUGAACUUGAGAACUAGUAGAUUAAUGCAAUAGUUAAUAAUUAGGCUCAGAAUAUAAGGAUAAGAUAACUUCAGCAGAUCGAGAAUCCCGAAUAAAUAUUGAAUAUAUCUGAUGGGGAAGGUGACGGAGAACUAAAACAUAAGGGUCAUAUGUCCCCAGGAAUAUUGUCUCGAAAUAGUGAGUAAAUUCAAUAUGAAAUUCAUGAUGAUCCUCAAAACAUAAGUAUGAAAAGUAUAGGCACACCUCAAAAUAUGAAUCAACAUAUAUCAUUUGAGAGAUAUCAGCACUCUGAGGGUGAUAUAAAUAAUUAGCAUAUCGGAGUUCCUAGUACUGGAGCAAUAGAAAGUAACGAUAAUAAUUAAUUAGAAUCACCUGAUUCCAGUAGUGCUUCUUCAGGCAUAAUAGAUUUAUUCUAAAAAAUGAAAAUGAGAGACAGGUACUUAAUGCUUCUAAGAUUUCAACAUAGAAUCGUUUCUUGCUUCUAUUUAGCCGAAAACAAGAUGUUUUUGAGGCCUAUUAAAGCAAUAAAUCUUAUUGCUCAAAGUUUUUUCUCAUUAUUUAUUGUGGCAUUGUUCGCAUCCUACGUAAGUAUAUCUAUCAUAUUAAUUCUAUUCGUUUAGUAAUAUGCUCUUGAGAUUCGAUAUAUUAUGAUUGCUAGUAUAUUGUAGUUACCAUUGCACUUUUUAGCUAGUUAACUACUGGUGAAAGGAUUCUAUUUUACCAAUAGAGAGAUGAAGAUUCUGACCAUGCUGAUAUUUAUGGUGAUUAUAGUCAUUGGCCAUGUAUUAACAAUAGUUGUAAAUACAGGCGAUAAGAUUACCUCCAGAAAUAGAUUGCUAAUACCUUAUUUGAUUGUUUUAGGAAUCCAAUAUAUUGCACUUGAUAUGAUUAUUGCACCUUUGCUCUGCUUUAUUGUUAUGAGAUGCAAGAUUGGCUAAAAAUUCUAUGCCUCUAUGAUAUAGCACAAAAAUGAUUUUGAAUUGUGA